UCACAAUCCACGGGACCUGUCUCUUGUUUCGUUAUACGAACAAUCACUCGGCCCUUGUUCUUUAUAGCUUGCUCCGCGUUCGUCUGCCGACAAGGACUGGUCCCAUAAUAGGUUUGUUGUGCGACACAAUUCUUGUCUUCAACCACGCUGCUCAGAAUCAACAGCUACCGAUGCGACAACGAGUCUCGAACAGAUGUCUCUAUAUCAAGGGCGAGUGCCCCAUCGAACUCGCCCACCUCCCCCUACCCUCUCAACCCUCAAGUCUCAAGGCGAUGGCAGACUACAUUGCUCAAACCAAGCAACAGCUUGCAGCCAAGCUGGCAGUCUCACGCCACACUGGACUGUCAUACCUCGCUAAUAGGCGAAACAUCGAAGCUCCGUGGUACGCGGAGAUGUUGAGUAGGAUUACCAUUCUUCUGUCAGGUGUACCCUGCACGGUCAUCGCUCCCCAGCUCCCUGUGAACUUGAUGGUGGAACUGGACGCGGGCGGAGAUGUAGUGAUGGCUGGUGGGGAGGAUGACGAUGAAGCUGCCGUACAAGACCCGGAUGCCAGCAUGGAGACCAUCGCCGUCCCCGUGGAAGAUGAGAAGGUUCCCGACUUCUGCGUUAUCGCCGGCGACUGCAGGCCGGACAACACCGACGACGGUCGACUCAAGGCCUACUUCUUGGGUCAUAAAAUCAAGAAGAGUCGAGUGGUCGCCAUAGUAGAAUGCAAGCGGCACCCCAAGAGACGCCUGCCAGCACAUGAGCUCGACCAGAAGCUCCUCAACCUCUUGGCCACCGGAGCAUUUCAGGCGGAAGAUCAAGGUGCCCUGCUCUUCGACGCCGACCGAAGCGUCAAGGAAGUUUACCUCAUUGCCUCUAGCGGGCACUACUGGAGAGUCGCACUUCUGACCCGCGAUAACGUUCCUCAAGGAGCAGGAGGCCCUAACGCCUCAUACGUCGAUGCUCCGGAGGACCUAAAAGUGGUCCAAGACAUACGAGAUGGGCACCUCUUCGUCCGACCGAAAGCUGGCCUCGCUGAGGAGGAACGUUCAGAAGAUGCAGGAAGCUUUAUGCCGGGAGUAAGAGAGGGGGCAGCCCAGCCUACCUAGGCCGUGCCGUAAGAGUUGUACGGUUGCAGGAUUCGCACGUGGGACGAGACGACAGGGUUAUUGUGUGUUCUAUAAGGUCGAAUGCGUGUUCUCGGAUUGGUUAUGGAUAUGUAUCACGCGAGAGGGUCCGCCGCUCGAAUGUGACCAUUGAAAAGAAUAGACACGCACUUGGGUAUUCGCUAUACUUAUUUCUAGUCUACUAAUCAGCCGGUAG